AUGAAAUAUGUUUUAUUUUUUUUCCUCAAUGUAUUUUUGAUUGGUCUUGCAAAAGGGGAUUUACCUAUUCAUGCCCUCAUGAGUGAUGUUGCAGGGGUAUGGGAAAUAAAAGAGGCAGAGAAAGUUAGUGAAACUUCGGAUAAAUGUGGGGGUAGUAUUCCCAAUACAAAUUCAGAAAACUUAAGACCUGAAUUGAAUGAUUAUGAAAAAUAUUUACAAAAAAAUUAUGGUGAAUUAAAAAACUUUAAAAUUGAUUUAACUCUUGAAAGAAUUAAACUUUUUAAUGAUGACAGUACUCGUGGUAAUUGGACUUAUCUUGCUGUCAGAGAUGUGGGUCAUAACAAUUCGGUUGUAGGAAGUUGGACAAUGGUUUAUGAUGAGGGUUUUGAAAUUCGAUUGAGGGGGAAGAGAUACUUUGCAUUUUUUAAGUAUGACAAAAAAGUUAGUGAGGAAUGUCCAAGUGCUCUGGAAAAUAUUAACAAAAUAAAUACAGAGUGCUACAAAACAGAUCCGACUAAAAUAAGAUUAGGAUGGAUAUUAUAUGAAAGAAAGAAAAAAAAUUACGAAAAAAAAAUAUAUCAAUGGGGUUGUUUUUAUGCUGAAAAAAUUGCAAAGAUCCCUAUCUCUUCCUUUGUUAUAAAUAAUGUGAAAAAAUAUGUCAAACAAGAUAAAAGUUUUGUAAAAAAUGACGACGAUACAGGUAGUGAGACAAACUUUUUUGUACUCAUGCAAAGAGAUAAUUAUAGUAAAAUCCGGAUGAAUCACCCAGAAUUGUUUAGCUCGACAAAGAUAAGCUACAUUGACAAGCAUGACGGGAAGGACGACCAAAUAUAUGGAUGCAGAAAAAGAGGAUCUAAAAAAAUGGAAAUGGAUUUGGUUUUGCCAAAAGAAUUUAGUUGGGGAGAUCCAUAUAAUAACAAUAAUUUUGAUGAAGUAGUAGAAGAUCAAAAAGAAUGUGGAAUUUGUUAUUUAAUAUCUAGUGUAUAUAUAUUAGAAAAAAGAUAUGAAAUAAUGCUAUCAAAAAAGUAUAAAAAAAAUAUUAAGAUGAAUAAAUUAUCUCAUGAAUGUAUUAUAAAUUUAUCUAAAUAUAAUCAGGGAUGUGAUGGAGGUUUUCCAUUUCUUGUUGGAAAAGAACUAUAUGAAAAUGGAAUAUGCAGAGAUAGAAAGUAUGACCCUAUAGAUAGUGUUUCAUCUAAUAUAGAAGCAGUUUCUAAAAAUAAUAAAACAUAUUAUGCAUCUGAUUAUAAUUAUAUAGGUGGAUGUUAUGAAUGUUCAAAUGAAUUUGAUAUGAUGACUGAAAUAAUAAAUAAUGGGCCUAUAGUAGUUGCAAUUUAUGCAACUCCAUUAUUAUUAAAGGUAUAUAACUUAAGUGAUAAAAAUUUUAUAUUUACAAAUAUUAGUUGUGAAAACAAAAUAUGUGAUGUACCAAAUAAAGGAUUUAAUGGUUGGCAACAAACAAAUCAUGCUGUUGUUAUAGUUGGAUGGGGUGAACAUAUUAAUGAAAAUAAUGAAGUAGUAAAAUAUUGGAUAAUUAGAAAUACUUGGGGAAAUAAAUGGGGAUAUAAAGGUUAUUUAAAAUAUCAAAGAGGAAUAAAUUUAAAUGGUAUUGAAUCACAAGCAGUAUAUAUCGAUCCUGAUUUUGUUAGAGGAAGUGGCAAAGAGUUACUUGCUUAA